CAACAUUCAAAAAAAUUUUUGGGGGUGUAUUUAGAAGCAACUUUCCAUAUUUCCCAACCGAGAAAAAAAAAAGAAAAAAAGAAAAAAAACCCUCGAAGCAAAAGAGUUAGAAAACAAUCUCUCUUUCUUUCUCUCUCAGUUAAGAAACACAUUUUUUUGUUCCAACAUUGCUGUCCCCUUCCACAACUUAAACCUCUGAUAGCAAAGCCUGUGAAAGAUCUAUCUAUAUAUCAUCGCUCUAACUUUUGCAACCAAAAAAAAAAAAAAAACAAAAAACCUUAAAAUAUGGCAGCCCCUCCACAAAUCGCAGUUCUGGGAGCUGGAAUAUUCGUAAAAAGCCAAUACAUCCCCAGACUCGCCGAGAUCGCCCAUCUCCUCUCCCUCAAAUACAUCUGGAGUCGUACAGAGGAAUCUUCGAAAGUAGCUGUUGAGAUAGCGAAGCAGCAUUUCCCUGGAGUUGAAUGUAAAUGGGGAGACCAAGGUCUAAACGACAUCAUUCAAGACGCUUAUCUUCUUGGGGUUGCUGUCGUUUUGGCUGGCCAAGCUCAGGUAGAUAUCUCACUGAAGUUGCUAAAAGCAGGGAAGCAUGUCAUUCAAGAGAAACCUGCGGCAGCUAGCACGCCUAAGAUAGAAACGGCACUUGCUAGUUACAAUUCCAUUUGUACCAAACCUGGUCAACCAAUUUGGUCUGUAGCAGAAAACUAUAGAUUUGAACUGGCCUUUGUAGAGAGCAAGAAACUAAUGGCUGACAUUGGGGAUAUGAUGAAUGUCCAAGUUAUUAUUGAAGGGUCAAUGAACAGUUCAAACCCUUAUUUCUCUAGCUCUUGGAGGAGAAAUUUUGAGGGAGGUUUUAUUUUGGAUAUGGGAGUGCAUUUCAUUGCUGCUUUGAGGAUGAUGGUUGGUUCUGAAGUGGCCUCAGUGUCGGCUAUAACCUCUCAUAUCGAUACAACUUUACCUCCUCCAGACAUCAUUUCAUCUAAUUUUAAGCUGGAGAAUGGAUGCUCUGGAGUUUUUGUUAUGGUUGUAUCUGCUAGUUCACCUAAGAUAAUUUGGCGAGUUGUUGGCUCGAAAGGAACACUACAAGUUGAGCGUGGAAAAAAAGACGGAAAGCAUGGUUAUGUGGUUGCACUAUAUAGUGCAGAUGGGCAAUGCAAAAGCACUUUCUACCCAUUCAGUGGAGUAAACGAAGAAUUAAAAGCUUUUAUACAUGACAUUUUGCAAGCAAGCCUCAAGAAGGAAAGUGGCUAUGAAGCUGAACCUCGCAGCUCUUUUCUGGAAGGUGCCAGGGAUGUAGCAGUUCUAGAGGCAAUGCUCGAAUCAGGAUCCAUGGGUGGAGCCUUGGUUCAUGUGAAGAAAUUUUAAGAUCGAGCAUGGCCUUGGACCUCUAUUUUUUAUCAGCAAGGAUGUAAUUGAGAUAAUUCACAAACUAUUUUAUAAGAUUUUCAAUUUAAUGAAACAUUUUGGAAAACAUAUAUGAUGACAUUCAAGAACUCAGAGGAAACUUGUAACAAUAAAGUUCAUUGUAGAAACCAUACAAUUCGAUUUAAUUGAAUAAAACUAUUUAGAUGUUUUAUCCAUCUCUGC